UUUCGACAGAAAGCAGAAAUCUGACCUCACACACAUUCCUGUCCCUCAGAAGAAGCGACUAUAAACCAGUGGAAAGGUUCUUCAUCCAGCGGCUCUGACUCAAACACGCUUCAGCAGUCACUCUGAACACACACCUGAGAGCAGCUCUCGAAGCGAGCAUGAUUCCUAAAUCCGCGUUUCUCCUCUGCUUACUGCUCGGUGUGUUCGGCGCAGACACAGAUAACACUGAGACCGUGAGGGUUAUGCUGGGAGAUUCGCUCACUCUGCACACAGACAUUGGCACGGUUCGGAGAGACGAUCACAUCGUGUGGGUGUUUGGACCUGACAGUCCAGACAGCCAGAUAGCAGAGCUCAUGAAAUGGUCCUACAUGUUCUCUGUAUUUGUGAGUGGAAAGAUGCCGUUUAGAGACAAACUGCAACUGAACCAUCAGACCGGAUCGCUGACCAUUAAAAACACCAAAUCUGAACACUCUGGACUUUAUAAGUUAACAAUCAUCCAUGACAGAAAGACCUCCCGCAAGAGGUUUGAUGUUAAAGUCUAUGCUCCUCUCUCGGCUCCCGUCAUCAGCGCUGGCUCCUCACAGAACUCGACAGCAUCAGAACGAUCUGCGGGUCCAGCGUGUGUCCUGGUGUGUUCUGUGAGCAAUGCGUCUCGAGCGACUCUGUCCUUCUUUAAGGGCAGUGAUUUAGUGUCCAGCGUCAGCGGCUCUGACUUCAGCAGCUCUCUCUCUCUGCCUCUGGAUGUGGAGUAUCACGAUGAAAACACCUACAGCUGCGUGGUCAGUAACUCCAUCAGCAACCACACCACGCUCUUUAACAUCACCGAUCUCUGCCAGCCGCCUCCAGGUGCGUCUGCUUUAUUCUGUGCUGUUCCUACAUGACUGACUCCGCUCAGACUGGGCUGUAAUGUAAGCAUUGGUGAUGUUGUGCACGACAUUUAAAGGCA